AUGAGAGGUAUUGCUUGGAACUGUAGAGCGUUAGGGCAGACCUCUACAGUUCGCGAGUUGAAGUCCCUGAUUCGGUCGCGCUCACCGGAUUUCAUCUUUCUGACCGAGCUCAAAGUUGACUCUACGUUCUUGGUACGUAUUCUAACUUCCCUCCAUUUUUAUUUUCAUAUUAUUGUACCGGCUGUGGGUACGGCGGGAGGCAUCAUUUUAGCUUGGAAAAUUGGGUUUGAUUUUGAAUGUAUAGCUUGUACACAAAACCAUAUCUCGAGAUUUGUUUACUCAGACCCUCCCUCGAAACCUUGGCUCCUGUCUUGUGUUUACGGCCCUCCGUAUUUCCAUGCAAAAAAAGCUUUCUGGGAGAAUUUAAUGAAGAUAGGGGACAGAUUUGGAGGCCCUUGGCUUAUUUUCGGUGAUACCAAUUUUGUCUUCAGUGCUUCGGAGCGGGUCGGGUCAAGAGGAAAAGACCCUUUUAUCCCUGUAAUUUCUGAUUUAGUGAAUGAUAGAGGUCUUAUUAAUAUGCCCAUCCAGGGAGAUAAGUUGACUUGGGAUAACCAUCGAUCUGGGUCCAAUCAUGUUAAGUGGGCCCUCGACAAAGGUAUUGUGAAUGGUGAUUGGUUUGGGCUUUUCCCGAAAGCGGUUAUUUGUUCCCUCCAGACUUCCAACUCGGAUCAUCGUCCUCUGUGUCUGUACUCUGGUGGUCUAGGAGAGAACGUCCGAAGAAGUUUUAAGUUUGAGGAAGCCUGGACUAGGGAUGAGCGAAGCAAUUUCGUGGUAGAUUUUGCUUGGAAGUCUGUUUCUUACCCUUGGGCCCCGGCCAGGAUUUUUAAGAAGAUUGGGGCUACUAGGGUUGCUCUUAUGCAUUGGCAAAGAACUCAAUUUGAAAGAAGGCUGGAUAGCUUACAGAAACUGCCUGUGGGAUCUAGAGUGUGGGAAGCGGAGAAGGAUCUUCGUAACUCUCUAAAUGAGGCUCGAGCUAGAAAAGAGGUGUAUUGGAAUCAAAGGGCUAGAAUUUCCUGGCUGAAGGAGGGGGAUAAAUGCUCCAAAUUCUUCUUCCUGUCAGCUUCAAUUAAAGGUAGAAGGAAUGCCAUUGAGAGCAUCCUCAAUAAAGACAACAUAUGGAUUUCCAAAAGGGAGCUCAUUGGGAAGGAAUUUAUGGAAUUUUUCCAAGACAUCUUCUGUGGAACGGAAAAUGACCCUGAGCUAAACUGUAGUGGGCUAGUCCAGGAUAGGUUAUCGUUGGACGAGCAAACUGAGAUUAUUAAAAGGCCCUCCCAUGAGGAAAUAAGGACUACCCUGUUUGCCAUGAGUAGUAAUAAAGCUCCGGGUCCUGAUGGAAUGUCAGUUCUUUUCUUCAAACACUACUGGGAUUCUGUUGGUUACGACUUCUGUGAUGCAGUUUCGGAUUUCUUCCAAACAGGGCGAAUGCAUAAAGGAGUCAAUGCCACGAAUAUAGUCUUGAUUCCUAAAGUCCAGAAUCCGAAGAGACCAAAUCACUUUAGGCCAAUCUCUCUCUGCAAUGUGGUGUAUAAGGUCAUCUGUAAAAUCAUUGCGAAUAGGAUAAAGCCGCUGCUGCCUAAGCUUAUAUGCCCUACCCAAGCGGCCUUUGUGCCAGGAAGGGCUAUUCAGGAUAAUAACGUCAUAGCUCAGGAAAUUGUCCACUCAUUCAAUCGGAAAAAAGGUAGAGAAGGUCUGUUUGCAAUCAAGAUUGAUUUGAUGAAAGCCUAUGACAGGAUGAGUUGGGGAUUUAUUGAUCAUGUGCUGGAUUGUUUUGGUGUUCCCCUUGAGUUCCGCACUUGGGUUACUCAGUGUAUUUCUACCACCUCCCUUAAUAUUUGCCUGAAUGGGGGAUCUGUUGGCAAUCUCGCUCCCACUCGGGGCCUCCGCCAAGGUGACCCAUUAUCCCCUUACUUAUUUAUUUGGGCUGCGGAAAUUUUGUCUAGAAUUCUGGAGGACGCCCAAAAGUCGAAAAUCAUUAAUGGGAUAAGACUGAGUAGGGGAGGUCCUAUUAUAUCUCAUAUAUUCUUUGCAGAUGACCUUAUCCUAGUCGGUAAAGCCAAUCUAGAGGAGGCUAGGGGUUUCUGGGAUUGCCUUGAGAAAUUUUGUUCUUGGUUGGGUCAAAAGGUAAAUAAAAUGAAGACUUCAAUUUUUUUCAGCAAGAACACUCCUGAUGGUAUGAAGCAGAGAAUAAAGGAUAUGCUGGGAAUUGGCUCGCCGGAAGGAAAUGUUAAAUAUCUAGGGCUACCCCUGUUCAGGUCUCGGCAGAAAGAUGCAAAUUUUCACUUUAUCCUGGACAACCUCUCUGAAAAGCUGCAAGGUUGGAAAGCUAAAACUCUUUCGAAAGCGGGACGAGCUACGCUAAUCAAGUCUGUGGGACUCUCUCUUCCGCUGUAUGCUAUGCAAGCUACUAAGUUAUCCAAUCGGCUCGCGUCUAAGAUUGAUGGUUUGGUGCGUGAUUUCUGGUGGGGUUCUGAGAAAGGUAACCGUGGACUUUAUCUGAAAGCCUGGGACAAACUUUGCCUUCCUAAAUCUUUAGGGGGUUUGGGCUUCCGGAAAUCAAAAGAAAUGAAUCAGGCGUUCCUAGCUAAAUGGGGGUGGAACCUUCUAACUGGCAACCAAUCUCUUUGUUGUCGGAUUCUGGAAGCUAAGUACCUGAAGGGUAAGCCCUUCCUAGAAUGUGAACCAAGGGAUUCUGACUCUUGGUUUUGGAAGAAUGUGACUAAAUCCAGAUCUAUCAUUCGUCAGGGUGCCUGUAAGCGUGUAGCUAAUGGUCAGGAGACUUUCAUUUGGUCUGACCCUUGGAUUGCACACCUAAAAGGUUUCAUUCCUACACCAAAGGAGAGGGGUUUGAGAAGAGGGUUAAAGGUAGCUGAGCUCCUGCUAGACAAUGGCAGGUGGGACACCCAAAAGCUUAACAAUUUGUUCGACCAAGAAAGUAUAGCUGCUAUUUUGAAAGGGGGUGCUCCUUCUGGUGUUGGCAAGGAUAGCUGGUUCUGGACUUUGGAAAGUAAUGGGCGAUUCUCGUGCAAAUCUGCGUAUAGGGUCCUGGCGGAGAAUAGAUCUAGCGGGUCAGAGGUGGCCCCUUCCAUGUGGAACAAACUUUGGAAUAGCACAAUCCCUGAGCGGCUCAAGGUUCUUUGGUGGUGUAUUUUGUCCAAGGCCCUACCAAUCCGCUCGGUCCUUCGAAGAAGAUUUCCUUUAGAGGACGAGAGCUGUCCCCUGUGUGGCUCGGGAACUGAAUCUAUGGAGCAUCUGUUCCUUUCUUGUAAUCUCGCCUACCACCUAUGGCGAUCCUCUCCUUGGGGGAUCUUUCCUAUCUGUGACACUGGUAUAAGAAUGUGGGACUGGGUUAAAUUUUUAUGGGACAUGAAGAACAAAGGCAUUAAUGAGAAGGAAGUUUUUCUGUAUGCUUCUCUGAUUAUUGACACGAUCUGGCGGACUCGAAAUGAAAAGGUACAUAAUAAUAGUCCUGUGGAUAUUCUUAAAUGUAUUGACACCGUUCGUUUUUCUUUUGCAGAUCAUCAUGCUUACUUGCUCCCUUGCCCCCUACCGAAUCCGACGGAAGGUUGGCGCUCCCCCCCGGAAGACUGGGUGAAAUUAAAUUGCGAUAUCAGAGUGGGGACGGAUAGUAUGUGUGCUGCGGUGGUUGCAAGGGAUCACGUCGGCAAGGUGAUCUGGGCUGUUACUUCAAAGUUGGUUUUCUCUAAUGCUCUCUGUGGGGAAGCGGCAGCGUGCUGUCUUGCCCUGGAGGAAGCUAAAGCUCGAGGAGUUAAAUUUAUUAUUCUGGAGAGUGAUUCGAGGGUGGUGAUCAACGCUCUUAAUGGGAAGGAGUCCCAUUGGGAGAUUGAUAACUAUGUCUCUUUUUGUAAAAGCAUCUCCCCUUUCUUUAUCGGUUGUAAGAUUCAAUAUGUUAGUAGACAAUGUAAUUUUAUGGCCCAUAAUGUGGCCAAGUGGGCGUUUUCCUGUCAGAGGUUUGGCAUCAUGCCACUUUCCUCUAUGCCUGAUACUAUAUUUUGUAAUGACCGCGAGCCAUUCUCUCUCUUCCUCAAGCUCAACCAUCAUCAUCAAUGGCUUCUUAAGCUUCUUCUUUCCUAUUCACCAAACUCUGCAGAAGUGAUGAAGCUCUCUCUUAAGCUCCAAGGCGACCACCAUGACCAGACCACCCUCCUUCACCACCAAACCCCUCUGCUAACAGCCAAGGUACCCAUUUCCAUUUUCAACCAACCAUUCCUCACUUCCGUCUCCACAACCCCAACCGCCACGACCACCUCACCGUCUUCUCACCUUUCUUUCUCUCUCUCAUCCUUCUUCAAAUCUGGUCCUUCUAUCAAGUUCACCUAUUCUCCCACCUCCGCCAUUUCCCCACCUUUCUCUCUUUCCCUCAAGUCCGGUCUCGGCAUAUUCGGAUCAGCAGACCAGUCCCCUCUCGUUUUCAAAGCCCACUUCAAUUUCUCCUCAACCAAUCCCUCUUUCUCUCUCCAUUUCAAACCCCAGUUCGGAAAUUUCUCUCUUAGGAAGACCACUUUCUCAAACCCUAAUGGCGGCGAUCGAGUUUCUGGUGGGUCUGCCUUCGUUCGGGAUAUCCCUUUGGAUUCUGGUGCGUCGGGAGAUGGGUUUGUUCCUGGAGGAUCUUCUGGAUGGCAGGAGCUGAAAUUGGAGCCUUGUAGUGGCAAAAUUGGGGUUGAUUCUGAUGAGGGUAAGUCUGAAAGGUCUCUUUCAUGGAAGGAGCCUGAAAAAGAUAGCUUUUUUACUGGGAUAGCUGUAAUGGCGAAGACUCUGUUGCCGGUGACUAAACGGGUGUCAAUGAAUAUGAGAUGGGGUGUGGGUUUACCCUCGAAUUUGGGAUCGAAAUUGCCUUGUUUGACUUUGAAUAAAAUUGGGAUAGAGAGAGUUGAGGAAGAAAGUGAAGAGGAGAAGAAUAAUAAGAAUAAGAGCAAGAAAAAGAGUGAGGAGAGUACUGUGAGUGAUUUGGAGUUGUUGAAAGGUAUGUGUUUUUGGAUGAAAAGGGAUUUGGAGUUGUUGGAGAAAGAGAAUAAUGAGAUGAAGCAAAGCUUGGAGAAAAUGAAGUUUGGAGCUUCUGGCAAACAUUUUCGAGGUGGGAGUGAUAAUGGCGGGAAGGUAAUGCAGUUGUCUUCAGGGGAGAGCACUAGCGGGUUUGAGCAGUGGAAGAAGAAUAAAAAGACUUCUAAAGAUGAGAAUGGUAAAAGAGAUUUGAAGAAUUGUUCUACCAAUCAGACGAGUGACUUGGAAUCUGAAUUGGAGAAGGCUAUCAAGGCUGCUUCAUCUUCUUGA